AAGUCGCGCCUGGACGAGCUGACGAUGCGCGCGCACCCGGAGCACUCGCGCACGGUGGUGCAGUCGUGGAUCGCGCAGGGCAAGGUGCUCGUGGACGACCGCCCGGUCACCAAAGCCGGGACGAAGCUCAGGGACGACGUCCACAUCCGCAUCACCGCGACGCCGUCCAAGUACGUCUGUCGAGGCGGUCUGAAGCUCGAGAGAGCGCUGGAGCACUUCGAGAUGGACGUGCGCGGCCUCGUGAUCCUCGACGCGGGACUCAGGCGCGUUCUCACCGGCGGCUUCGCCGACUGCGCGCUGCAAGCCGGCGCCGCGCGCGUCUACGGCGUCGACGUCGGGUACGGGCAAGUCGCGGAGCGGAUACGCGUGGACCCGCGCGUCGUCGUCAUGGAGCGGACGAACUUGCGACAUCUGCAGCCGCUGCCGGAGCUCGUCGACGUCGCGACGCUGGACCUGUCGUUCAUAAGCGUGCUCAAGGUGCUCCCCGCGGUGGCGGCGGCGACCAAGCCGGGCGGGACGCUCGUGGUGUUGAUAAAGCCGCAGUUCGAGGCGACGCGCGCGCAGAUCGGGUCGAAGGGGGUCGUGAGGGACGCGAGCGUGCACGAGGAGGUGAUCGAGAAGGUGGUGACCGGCGCGAGCGAGUUGGGGUGGAGGUACGAAGGGCACACGACGUCGCCGAUCAAGGGCGCGAAGGAGGGAAACACGGAGUUUUUAGCCAAGUUCACGCGG